CACCUGAUCACCGAAGUGUUUCCUAAGACUAAGCGCCAUGAUGAAGCUCCUUCUUUCCGCUGCACUCGUGGCUCUGGCCUCUGCUACUCCUGCCAAGCGAGCUCAAGCCAACAUUCCCGUCGACGUCCCGCUCCCUGCCUCUUUCCCUGCCGUCGUGGAUGGCGCGACUCCCUUCGUCAGCGGUGCGGCUAGCAAGGUGAAGAGAGCGACUCUAAUCGUCGACGUCUGGAUGGACUCCGACCGUGCAGGCCGGCAUGAGGGGCUGUACACUGACACGAACAGAUGCUACAAUCUCGGCAACGGAUGGAACGAUGAAAUCUCGUCGCUCUCUGUCCCUAGUGGCUACGGCUGUAUCUUCUAUCGCAACAAUGAUUGCGGCAGCAAUGACAAUAGACUCACCGUCCCCGGCGGUAAUUACAUUGCCAAUCUGCAAUCGUAUGACUUCAACGACAAGAUUUCGAGCUACCUCUGCUACAACUAG